GUGGCAGCUGAUUGGCUGGCGCCUGGCCAUUCUCCUCUAUAAAUACAAGAGACAGAGCUUUGUGAGAGCAUUCAGCACUACCAGCUGGGACACAGCACAUCUCAUGCCUUCAGCAGCUGCUAUUUGUACACUCUGUCCUCUCCAAGGGAUGUGAACAGGACUUAUAAAAAGAAAACACAUAGGUAAAUACAAUAUUUCUAUUUUUCUUUAAAUUCUUUAAUCAAGACAGGUCCAGACAAUGGAGAACAAAAAUGAAAUAUCUUAUGUUAAGCUGUCUGAUUAUAGUAAAACAAUAUGAAACAGUGAUAUUCUAGUUAGUAGCUGGUUAGCUGGGUCUGUAACAACUAGGUCUUAGACAUUUCAAAGUAAGUGAGUAUAUGUAGGGAGGUAGUUCUGAAAUAAAAUUUAAAAAAUUAGAAAGUAUUAAAAUCCAUUAAUACCCACACCAACUAUUAAUUACAGUAUCUGGAUAAUAAAUACUUUUUAGGAAAGGAAAUAAUUAAGAAAAAUAUGUGUAUUCUUAGCAAGAGACUGACUGUACAUAUUAUUUUCAUUUCAGUCUUAUUUUAUAGUAUAUACAAUAUAACAUGCAAGGUAUGACUGUGUGAGAGGGAGUUAGCUAUGUAAACACUCAUAUAGGACCUGAAGAAUUGUGUAUUGUUUCUGUAAAUGGUUAUCAUCGCCCCUGUUAAACAGGACAACUGGUCAUUUUUUUUAAACAUUUUAUUAUUUGUUUUAGCAGAAAUGAAUAAAAUGAUGUGAUGUAAAUCACAGUGUAUUUCUUUAUUUAUAAAAUAUUUUACCAGAAUGGAUACAUUGAGAUUUCUCUUGUUUUCAAGUAUGUCCUGGGUCCACAAAACAUUGCAUUGUUACAAUAGGAUGCAAUAUUAGAAAAGUACAAUAUACAAACAAUAUAUAUAUAUACACACACACACACAUAUAUAAAUUUAAUACAUAACAGGUAAUAAAUAUAUUCAACCAUGACAGAUGCAUUCUGUGCCGAUGUAUAUCACCAUUUAACAAGUAACAUUCAUUAUCUCUUUUUUUUUUUUACAGAAUAACUGUUGGUUUGGAAUCCCUGCAUACAUAGCACUGGGCUGAUGUGAAUUUUGGAGAAACUUAAAACAUCAGAUACUUUUGGACCAGAGACUGAUCUGAACAUGAGGAACAUCCUCACUGAUAAGAGACAACGUCCUCUCACCUGCCCCAAUGUCCUGACACCAGACAGAAUCCCUGAAUUCUGCAUCCCUCCCCGGUUUCCAUCACAGAGGGGAAUGAAAAUGAGGAGCCUUCACAGGUCUGUCCCUGACCUCAGUGGGACAUCUUAUGAUUCAGGACUGCUCAACCUCCCAAAGAGACAUUUCAUCCAAGUAGAGAGUGCAGAGGACCUGCCUGAAGAAGACAGCACCAAUGCUGAUCCUCAGUCACAGGCAGCCUUGUCUCUACCCCACCUUCCCAAAACACAGACUUCCUAUGGGUUCUGUACUUUGCUGGAAAGCCCAAACACCAGAAGGAAAGAAUCACUCUUCCACAAUGACCCUGAAACUUUUCCCAUACUUCUGCCCCGAUCUCGUUCUAGCACCACCACUUGUCAAGGGACAGCCUCUUCGAAUAGCUUCACCAUGCUUCGGCUGAGGACACUUAGCCGAUCCGGUACCUUGGACAGCGACACAUCCUCUUCAACAGACUCUUCACCUUUUAGCUCUCCUCUACUCCACAGAUCUCUUCCACGGGGCAGCUCACUGCUAAAGGCUAUAAGUCAUGACAAACUUUUCUCCAGGGCCUUCAGGAGAAGAAAAAAUGGGAAAUUGAAUCUUUCCAGAAAUAACUCCCUGUCUGCAGAUGACGGUAGCUCAACAGACAGCAGUCCCUGCAUCAUCCGCAGAGUUUCUGAUGGGAUGAUGGACUCUGUCUGUCCAAUGGAUCUUCUAUAUUCUCGGGACAGAUUUAUGUCAGAUAACUCGGUGAUCUUGAGUAAUGGCAGUUCACUACGUUUAUCAACAGAGUAUUGUCCUGUAGCCCAGAGACUUCGUGUUCGUCUUAUCAGUGCUGAGGGACUCUACGAUCCCAUUACUGACCCGAAAACCAUAAACUGCUUUGUUUCUCUCUCCAUCACUCCUGGCAAGAAUCAGAAGCAACGCAGUACAAUCAUAAGGAGAAGUCGUAACCCGAUCUUUAAUGAGGACUUUUUCUUUGAGAACUUGUCUGAAGCACAGCUGCAAUGCCGCUGUCUUAAGUUGAAAGCCAUCAACAAAACAUGCGGAAUGAAGAGAGAUGUUGUUCUGGGACAGAGCGAGCUGCCACUAAUCAGCUUCCUGUCUUUAUGAGGAGAAGACAAUCCUAAUGUCUCCUCAUGCACUUUGAUCCAAAGAAGAACAAAAGGACACUAAAAAUUAUUUAACCGUAGUUCUCAAAAGCAAACCUGAUAUAUUGAAACAUGUCUUUUUCAAAGCCUAGUAGAAGCAAAAGCCUAAUUCUUUUGGAUUUUUAAUAGACCUGAUUUUGGAGCUAUCAAUUGUCAGCAAGCAUCGACCAAUUAUAAGGACAUAGCACAUCGCGUGUCUCUCCCAGAAGCUGUGAUCAAUAACAACCAUUGUGUUUUAAAGUGACUGAAUAGUAAAUACAGACAAACAUGCCAGUCUCAUUUAAUUGUGUUUUUUUCAGUCUGCCUCAGGAAACAAAAAUGAGUAAUGUAAGCUCUUUCAUGAAAACAUUGCUGCCUAUCAUAAAUAGUUUCGUAUUGAUCCACACUUCUUAUUACUGUGCACUUACUGUUUUAUUAUGUUAAUUAUAUAUCUAUAUGUA